GAAAAGACUGAUAGCUCAAAUGAUGCUGGAGAAGCCAGUAAAGCUGCAGAGAUGCCAACACAGAGAAGAAAACGGAUUUCUACCCUGCCCAAUCUUGCAAAACCCCGAGCUGGACCUUCAUCUGCACAGCGUUCCUCUUCAAAGCCACAGAGGCGAGCAGUUUCUCAGGCUCCUGAUGGAAGUGCUUCACUUCAGAAGGAUUCCUCCCCAUUGGAAAAGACUAAUGUGGAAAGUUCUCCAAAGUCUCCCAUCUUGCCCGAAAAGAAAACGCCUGUGCCACAAGUGCCACAGUUCUCUCCAUUAAAAAAAACAGCCAGCAAAGAACCAAAUGUGGGUGUAGCAGCUCAAAAAAAUGAUGAUACCCUGCAGAAGAAUGUACCCUCUCCGCUCAAGGAAAGACCAACACAGGAAAGAUCAGUGACACAAGAGGAAAAGCUACCUACAAAACCCACCCCUGUAAAAGGGAAACGAAUAUGUUCUGACCAGGAAAGGAUUCUCAAAGCUCGGAAGUUAAGAGAAAUGCUUAAGGAAGAGCUGAAGAAGGAGCGUCUGAAACAGUUAAAACACAGGCCUCCAGUAAUUGAAGGACGUUCUCCACCAGAUCGUUCCAAAAUGACAAUGAGAGAUUUGAUAUACUAUCUGCCAGAAAACAAUCCUAUGAAAUCUUCACUGGCAGAGGAAAAGAGAACAGAAAAAAAUAGUGCACUGGGUCAAAUGAAAGAGCAAGAAGAGAAAAAUUCUCCUGAGCCUGAAGAGGAAGAUGAGGAGGAGGAAGCAGAGAAUGGAGAGGAGAGUCAGGAUGGCCCACUUCUAGUUCCUCGAGUGAAAGUAGCAGAGGAUGGCUCAAUUAUUCUGGAUGAAGAAAGUUUAACCGUAGAAGUUCUAAGGACAAAAGGUCCAUGUGUUGUAGAAGAAAAUGAUCCCAUCUUUGAGCGUGGCUCUACAACUACAUAUUCCAGCUUCAGAAAAAGCUUUUACACAAAACCAUGGUCAAAUAAAGAGACGGACAUGUUCUUUUUAGCUAUCAGUAUGGUAGGAACAGACUUCUCUUUGAUUGGGCAGCUGUUUCCUCAUAGAGCUAGAGCAGAAAUUAAGAAUAAGUUCAAGCGUGAGGAGAAAACAAAUGGAUGGAGGAUAGACAAAGCUUUUAAAGAGAAGCGGCCCUUUGAUUUUGAGUUCUUUGCUCAGCUGCUUGAGAAGGUCUUGGCUGAUGAGGAAAAGAGAAAGCAAAAGACAGCCAAAAACCAGAAGCCAAAAGAAAAGAGGCCAUCAAGGACUACAAAGAAACCAAAAGAGAAAGCUGCCAAUUCAGAAGCUGCUAGUGAUCAAGAUAAUUCUCAGAAAGCCAGAAUUUCUGAUGCAGAAACAGAAGCAGAUUCUGUGAUGGCUGAGAAGGAGAAUGAAGAAUCUUUGGGCGUUUCUGAACGGACAGAAGAACAGGCUACAUUAGAAUCAGCAUCAGCAAAAAAGAAACGAAAAAGGAAGAGAAAAGAUGAUCCUGAACAGGAAGUGGACAAUCUUCCAGAAGAGUCAUCAGCAAAAAUUGCUGUUGAAAGCAAAUCCUCGAAGAAAAGAGAAGGGUCAGUAUGCGAUACAAAUGGUCAUGGGCCUACUACCUUGGGAGAAGAACUGGAUGGUGUUACUGAAGAAAAGCAACAUGAGACUCUUGUCGUAGAGGAGGAGAGAUCAGAAUCCUGUUUACCAGUGGAUGACAUAACUGAAAGUGAUCUUAAUUUAUACAGCUUUCUUGAUGGCAGUGAUAAUGUACUAGGAACAGAAUCUGCUGAACUGAGAAUGCUAGAUAGCAGAGGAAAGGAAAGCCAGCAUUCAGAGUUCCCACACUCAAACAUUAAAAACAAGGAAAGACAAUCUGAAGAAACUGAGGAAGCCAAGAACAAAGAUGUAUAUGACUCAUGUAAACCAGAUGAAAAGGAGAGUGCAUCAGCUGGUGAUUUUCAGCAUGAAAUAACGGAAACUGAAAAGCMAGCACUCAAAGGGCAUCUUCAAAGACCUAACCCAGGUGAGGCACAAUCAUCUGGAAGGAGAGAAGCAAUAACCCAAGAAAAACUAGAGACUGAGAAUUCUUCUCCAAAGCUUGCGAAUGAAGUUGAAAAGGGCACUUUGGAAGACAGUGGAAGUAAUAGAAGCGAAAUCACAGAAGUGGAGAACGUAGGUUUGGGAACAAAAUCUGAAGAACCUGAAAAAACUGUGAUUGCAAAGACAGUAGUUAGAGGGUCUCGACAGCGUUUUAAGCCAAACAUUACAAGAGCAUCUGGAAAGAAAGAUGUGUCUGGAAAAGAAUCAGAAAAAGAUAAAAUGUCCCAUCCAGAGCCUCAGGGAGAAACUAAAAAGAUUACUGAGGAAACUAAUGUGUGUGAUACCACCAGUGGAGAAUCUGCAGGAAAACAUGAUAAACCCUUGGAGACUGUGUCUAAGUGCAACAAAACUCCUGGUUUACAAGAAGGCAGCAAACAAACUGUGCUGAAACCAGCACUACUAAAGAGAGGUCGAAUGCCAAGACCAAAACCUAAUAUAGGAAGAAGUGCUGCAAGGCAUGAAGUCCAAACACAGAAAAAAGAUCCUGAAGAGGAGAAAACAGAAUGUGGAGAGAUGGAAAAGGGUGUGAAUCACUCUAGGAGUGAAAAAAGUGAUUCAUGCCUCAAAGACGAUGUGGUGGAUUCUGAAGAGACUCAGCCAUGCCUUAUGAUGUCAGAAGAGGAUGUGUCUGCAGAGAAGAUGGACACAAUACAUGCAAGCCAGUGUUCCCCCCAAAAGUCCUCAGAAGCUGAAAGCUGUGAAUGUGAAAAGGAAUCUUCAGCAGUCCUAAAACCUGAAGCAUCAUUGAAGCCAGAGAAAUCUGAUGCCCAGAAGCCAGAGGAGAAAACCACUGUUUCGUCAGCUCCGCUGUUGAGUCGAUGCCAGAGACCAAAGCCAAACUUGGGAAAGACAACUGCUAGAAAGGAUGUGCCUCAUGCAAAUAAAGGUGUAUCCCAGACUGAUAGCCAUGAGGAAGGAAGUUUGAUGCAAUGUGGCAGUGAACAUAGCACCCUUCCUGAUGUAGAUAAAACAGAAAAAAAUGAGGCCCUGCAGUCAUUAGAAUCCUUGGGAAAGGAAAAUCCUCUCGUCUCCCAGGAAGCUUCUGAAAGGCCACGCUAUCAGCCUUCAGAGAUGCUUCUAAGAUCAGAAGAUGGUGAACUCGAGUCUUGUCCACCUCUAGAUAAUGAAAAAGAAACAUCAGCUACUGACACAAGUCUUGACAGCAAAAAUAUUACUCAAGAAGAAAGCAGACCAACUCCUGUUCAACCUGCCCAGUUAGUGAGGGGCCGAUUCCAGAGACACCAAGGAAACUUAAGAAGGACUGUGGGAAGGAAGGAUUUGCAAACAGAAAGAAAUGAGCAGGAUAAAAAACCUCAAGCAGAGCAGCUGGUUUUGCAAAAAGAUGGAUUGGCCAAUGCUGUGUCCGUUGGUGAAAAUGAAGUUACAGUGUGUGAAGCUGAUGGGCUGAAUGCURAAGAACAGGGAAAGCCAGAGGAGCCUCAGGUGCCCCACAGUUCUGGCGACACAUUGUGUAAACAAAGCAGUUCUAGUGCUGAAAAAGCCACUUCCUCAGAAGGCAAGUUGGUUGCCCCCAAACCAGCACAACUCUUAAGGAAUCGAUUUCAGAGGGCUAGACCAAACCUAGGAAGAGCAAAUAGCAAAAAAGAAUCUCCAGUGGCUCAAAAACCUGCUGCUCCAGUUGAAGAAGCAGAAAAAGGAGAGAAUCUCCCUGUGGCAAAAGAAUCCAAGGAACCUUUUCCCUCAAAAGAUGACGUGGAAGUACUGUUAUCUGUGGGGAAUUUGGCUAAGAAUGACAAUCUGGAGACAAAUACAAGGAGUAAGAAUUCAGAAAUACUCUCUUCCCCUGAAAAAUCACUGCUGGUUUCUCAGAAGAGAGAACAAAAAGAGAGUCUAUCUAGAGAGGCUGUAGAAAGCCUUCAGGAUACCAAAGAGAGGUCCUGUGAUAAAUUAAGUUCUGGAGAAAAAGGUGGAUCRAGUGAUACAAAACCACUGCAUCAAGCGAGGGACCCUCUCUGGAAGCCACAGUCAAACGUAAUGAUUGCUGCUAGAAAGAGGGAUCAUUCCAGAGAAGGUGGAAGCAGAAAUGAGGAUGACACUGAGAUUAGAAAUGCUGGAAAGUGUUUGAUGUCAGAAAAAACAGAUGCUCCAUUGCAAAACUCUAGUUCCUUAGUGGAAGCUGCAUCCUGCUCAGAGGCCUCAAGAAAAUGUCAUUUUACAGACUCUGAGGAAACAUCUUCUAAAAGAAUCAGGCAAGAAAGUAAAUUCCAGUCUCCAGGGAUUUCAUCAGAGAGUGAGAGUCAAGAAGAUGAUUCUCAGCCUUCUACUUCUCUGGAGAAAAUGUCAAGAAGGCAGUCCAGAAGAUCAUCCAAGCGCAUAGCCUCAAAAUGCAACGUGGAGCUCAGAGCUGCUGCUUCUUCUGCSUCUGAAUGUGAGCCUGAUCGCCCUGAAAAGGGGAAUCAAAGGCAAAAAGUCAGACAGAAUACUAAAGGCAAAAGGCUGCAAUCUGCUCAUAGAAAGAAAUCCGAUAAAGAGCACAGAAAACCAAAGACAACCUUGGUGACUCUCCGGGCUUUGCGAGACGAGGAGGAGGAUGAGGAGGAGGAGGUUGAAGACUUUGAGCCAGAUGAUGAAAGUCAAUGUUUUGCCCCAGAAGAAGUAAACAAAGCUCCCGUGUUUGUUCCUAUAGGCCUUCGGUCCCCCAAACCUGUUCCUGUUCAGAUAGAGGAGACCGUGGAGGAGCUGGAAAUUUCUGAAAAUGUCCCAGAUGUGCAAGUGGUUACUGAUGUUGAAAGUCUAUCUCACGUGUUUGUCAUGCCAGUGGUGCAGAGGGAGGAAAAUGUGAGCACCUCAGCAGCUGAAGCAAACAUUCCUGAAAAUCCAGAGAAGGACAAAGGAAUUAAUGAUGGAAGCACUGAAGCUGCCAUGACUUUACUUGCAAUGGGUGAUCCAACAUUCCAGUUAAAAGUAAACACUGAAGAACGGACGCAGAUGUUACCUGCUCAAAAUGAUUUACACAUGACUGGUAACCUUGUGAACUGUGAUUACUCCCAACAAAGUGUAGCUUCUUGUCAGCAUUUACUUUCUUCUUCACCUGCUUCCAACAUGGACCUGUUCCCUUCUGAGGAUGGAAGCAACAUUAACCUAGAGCACCAGAGUGCUGGCACAGGAACAACUGGCAAAGAGUAUUUUGAGAAAAAUGCUACAGAGACCAGUGAUAGCUCUCUGCCUGUGGUGAGCAGUAUAAGUCCAGAAAGCAAUAGACUCCUGCUGCCUGAGCCAGACUUUGGAGUAUUGAGGUCAAAUGAGAACGUUAUUCAGAAUCCUGUUAAUAUAAAUGUACUUGUGGAAGAACUAGAGCAAGUUCACGGUGAGGCCACAAUUCUGAGGGAUCCUGCAGAAAUGCAGAAGAUGGAACUAGAACAGAUCAGACCAGCUGCAGGUGAUACUUUGGAUCUUCAUGGUUUUGCAACUGAAGGUACACAACUUGUCAAGCAAGGAGACAUAACAGAGAGAACAGAAAAAGAGAUGGGGAACACUUGUGGAAUGUCAGGGGAACUACAGGCUCUAACUGCAUCAUCAAAACCAAAGGCUUUGGAAGUAGGACAAGAACUUUAUCCAAAUCAAAGUUCUGCAGAUGGACUUCCUGAGCACAAUCCUACCACUGCUGAGCACAGUCUGUAUACAAUCAAUUUGACUCAGAACACGGGAUGUAUUGAGGAUUUUCAACAACAAUGUACAAGCAGCACAGAAGAGACUGCAGUUAUGAAUGAUAAUCACAGUAGAUGUCCAGAGGAGGAACAGACAUUCAUUUUAACAUUGGUGGAAAUCCCAGCUCACUCAAGGGAAUACGAUGAUGCCUCUGCUCUGCUGGAACAGACUUCAGAACCGUUGCUGCCAGCCCCGAUACUUAUCAGCCCAGGCAGUGCAGGUGGAACAAACACGACUGGAGUGCAGAGCAUUGAAUCUUUGACAACUGCAGUUGAUGAACUUGCUGCAUCUUUAGAUAGCAAAAUGGAAACCAAACAACUACAGAGUGCUCUAAGAGAGCCUAUACCGAAUCUGGUGCAKACAGCUCAAAAAAGGUCAGCUGCUGAGCCUGAAGAGGAUGAUUUUCCACCUGCUAAGAAAAGUCUGUCUACUUCAGCAGAAGAUGACUUGGAAAGUACUUUCAAGGAUUAUUCAACAAAAUCCACAAAUUCUCCAAGGAGAGCUGCUGAGAAUCUUCCUGAAAAGGCAGGAGCUUCUGUAAAGGUCCUUACGUCUGUGUUUGUGUCCGAGUCUGAAUCAGUGCCAGUUGGAAGAAGCCAAUCUGAGGCUUUGCAGAAUUCRGGGGCAGCAUCGCCUGGGAAUUCAACAUCCAAAGGGGAAGAGGAAGUGAUAUCCAGGCUAACCUCUGAGAGAAAAGCAGAGGGAAGUGGGCCAAGCAAACCUGUGGAUGUGCAUGAAUCCGCACAACUGGAACACCCUGGGAGCGCAGCUGCAUCUUCAAAAYCUCCAUUACUCAGGGGUGGUCGAAAACCAUUGGGGUUUUUAUCUUUAAUAUGCAAAAAAAGUAGCUCCGAAUCUGCAGAGGAUCCCAAAGGGAACAGAGGGAAGGUCCAGAAGCCUCGGAUAGUGACCCCAAAGCGAAGUCUAAAAAAACCUACUGUGCCCAGUGAGGCUGGUAGGGAAUCCUGUUCCCUUCCCUCUACGAGCACAUCGUCGUCUGUGGAGUGUGAGAACCCUGCUGCUGAUGCUGCAGUUGAGAUUCCUGUUAACAAGCAACCUGAGAAGCCAUCCCUUCAAGCUAAAGAUCAAGAAAAGGAAGAAGCACCAACCAGGAUCUCUGAGUAUUUUUUCAGUGACAUCUUUAUGGAAGUGGAUGAUUCAGAAUAGCAGAAUGACUUUGUAAAAUCCUGGAUUCAAAAGUGCAAUGCAAGASCAAAACAAUAUUUAGAAAAGUUCUUAUUUGUUCUACCAUAAUGUCAAACUUAUCAGCCAAGCUGUUAUAAGCUUUGGUAAUGACAAAAUUCUCUGUAAAGGGACCUGGAGGUUUUUAAAAUGUUGACAUAACCUACAUGAGUACACUGAUGUCGAUGGACCAGAGCAGCUGGCUUAGGUUUGACUUGUUCAGAUGCUGCUAGUGGGUGCAUGAUUCUCUUCCAGAAAAGUGCAAUGAAGAAAUGCUUAUUUUUGAGACAGUUUCCUUUUGAAUUGUAAUGCUAAAACUUGUGAUACUGGUUGUAAAAGUUCUCCGCCUCUCUUUGUAAAGUACCUUGUCAAAGGAGAAAUGGACUUUUUAGAUAUAAUCUCUGUAGAUCAAGAAGGAAAUUCUGCAAGUAUGGUCUAGUAAAUACAUAGUUGUGUUCAGCAUUGCCACCAGUUUCUAUUGGCAGCUCCUAAUUAUGUAUUUUUGUAAUAAAGAAGUCUCACAUAAAUGGAAAGCGCCUAACUUGAGAAGCCUAAUGGUUCAAACUCCUUAAAAGUGUGUAGAGGGAAACGUGGAAAAUACAUAUUUAAUUUAUUAAAAUAUGCUGUGCUAAGUUAAUCUUUCCAACUAUCCUGUUAAGAGGGGGAGGAAGAGAUUAACAUUUCCCARUCUAAAUGCUAAUGUCCUUCUAAAUUAGGUACACUGAAAACAAGGGACUAAAUGCCAUUUCUAUUCCUUGGUAUUACAUGUAGGUACAUAGGUCUCCACUGACUCCCAAAAAGUUCCUUUUGUGUGAAGUAGCACAAACAGAGCUGUGGUUAAUGCUCUUCUACAAAAUGAGGAUACAAAGAUUUACUGCUUUGAAGCAGUUAAAUUUGACUAGUCUUCUGUAUAUCUGACCUGUACUGUCACUUCAUAUAAAAUUCUGCUGUAGCAUUAUACUUCAGUCUAAUUUUUCACU